AUGUUUAAUGAUAAAUAUGAAUUGCGGGAGCGGAGUCGCACGUCUGAUCGACUGGAUAGACUCGAGAAGCAAUGGCAGGACGAGCGCAGAACACAACGAAAUGCGUAUGAUGCGUUACGUGACGAGGAACGUGCGUGUGAAGAACGUUUGCAGCGCGCUCAAGCUGAUGUUGAAACAUACCAAAGACGCAACCAUGUCUUAGAACAUGAAAUUGAUAGAGCGCGUCAAACUACUGACAUAUUCCGUGGAGAUCAACCAUGGAUCAUCACAGGAGAAGAAAUCAAACUCUCCGAUAAGGUUCUUGGCACUGGCGCGUGGGGAAGAGUCCUUGAAGGGAAUUUUCGAGGAACAAAAGUGGCAGUGAAAGAAAUCCACGAAAUAAUUCAAUCAGCUCAUAACAGACUCCUCUUUGAUCGCGAAAUCACGUUUGCCACUGUUUGUCAGGGAUGGUAUGGAGUUGUUCCUAUGCUGUUUCUAGAAAUAUCGAUACUUCGUAAUGAUAAAGUUAACGAUGAAUAUUUCUUAUCGUUGUUAUUUUUUCUCAAGAAUCAAAUAUUAAGCAAAAGAAACAAGUUUAAGUGCCACUUAAAUGAAACUAUAAACACAUGAGUAAGGGAGAAUGAGGCGCCUAACUUUGCGCUUCAGUAUGUACAUCAUUCCGUGCAACUGAUUAUCCGAACAGGAACCCAUACCCUAAAAUGUAAUGUUAAGUUUUUCUUGCUAAGGGAGUUGCGCAUAUUUUAAAAGAAGAGGACUGUCUCUCUUGGUUCAUCCUCUCCUAUAUGGACAAUGAUUUCAUGUAA